AGACAUGGAGAGGGGAUUUGGAGGAAGGUGGAGAGGGGAGUUGAAGGUGGAUAUGACUAAAAUACACUAGAUAUGUGUAUGAAAUCUUCAAUGCAUAAAAAAAGAGGCUGAAAAGAUGGCUCAGUGGUUGAGUGCAUUCCGCUCUUGGAGAGGGCCUGAGUUUGAUUCCCAGAACCUACAUUUGGUAUUUCACAACCUCCUGGAACCCCAGCUCCGUGGAGGACCAACACCUCUGACCUCCAUGGGUGUAGGCACUUGUGUACAAAUAUCGGUACACAUAAACAUAAUUUAAAAAAUAAUCUUAAAGUGGGGUGGUGGCUGCACACGCUUUUAAUCCCAGAGCUCUGGAGGGAGAGGCAGGAGGAUCUCUGUGAGUUCGAGGCCAGUCUGGUCUUCAGAGCGACUUCCAAGACACAUGGCUACAUAAAGAAACCCUGUCUUGAAAAAAGAAAAAACAAAACAAAACAAAAUCUUUAAAAAAAAACAAUAAAAAAUAGUUUUUUAAAAGAAUUCUAUAACAUCCUGUGCUUAAGAAUGCAGAACAGCUGUGGGUGUUAGGGAUCUCCAGGGUGAUGAAUGGUGCACUUUUAUUUUAUUUGUAUUCCUUAAGAUUUCUUUUUAGUUCAAGUGUAUGAAUGUGUUUGUCCGCAUGCAUGAAUUACAUCAUGAGCACACAGUGCCCAAGUCUCCAUCUCCUCAGGGCUUUAAGGCCACGGGAGCCAAUCACCAUCAACUUAGCUUUUCCUCGGGCGUUAAGCUCCUCAUGCCUGCACGGAGGUAUUUUACCCGUUGGGCCAUCUUCCCAAUCUCAAAACUCUUUAACGACCUCAAAACAAGAUAUGGAUUCUCUAGUUUGUACUGAAACCUACAAAAAGCCAUCUGCUUUUAUCGUUGCCAAGAGGGAAGUGUCUCCAUUUUCUAUAGAGAGAGAGAGAUGAAUGACCUGAUGUUCGAACCUGCACCCUGCCUCUUCUAAAAGUCUCCAUCUAUCACGAUCUGCCUUGACUGCCCCAGACUUCUGGCCUUCCUCCUAGGCAAGGUGGGAGAUGCCGGUCACCUGCGCCAUUCUCGGCCUGAGGAUUCCCAGGUGGGUGGGGCUAGGCACCGGGAUUGGUUAAGGCAAGGGGGCCUUUGCAGGCAAACAGGACGACUGGCAGAGCCCUGCUACAGCCACCACCACGAUUGCCAGCCCGGCACCCUGCUAGCUGGGGCUGCUUGCUGGCCUGCUUCUGGGUGCCCUGCACGCCAUGGACACCAGGGGCCACGGCUGCUCACUCUCCUCGCUCUAUGUGGGCGAUCUGCACCCCGACGUGACCGAAGCUAUGCUCUAUGAGAUGUUCUCCCCCAUCGGCACUAUUCUUUCCAUCCGUGUGUGUCGGGACGUGGCCACCCGGCGCUCUCUGGGCUAUGCCUAUAUCAACUUCCAGCAGCCUGCUGACGCGGAGCGGGCACUGGACACGAUGAACUUUGAGAUGAUCAAAGGCCAGCCCAUCCGAAUCAUGUGGUCCCACAGAGACCCAGGCCUUCGAAGGUCCGGUAUGGGCAACAUCUUUAUCAAAAACUUGGAGAAUUCCAUUGACAACAAGGCUCUGUAUGACACCUUCUCCACCUUUGGGAGCAUCCUGUCUUCUAAGGUGGUAUACAAUGAGCAUGGAUCACGGGGUUUCGGCUUUGUGCAUUUUGAGACCCACGAGGCUGCCCAGAAGGCCAUCAACACCAUGAAUGGGAUGUUGCUGAAUGACCGGAAAGUUUUCGUAGGUCACUUCAAGUCUCGCCAGAAGCGGGAGGCAGAGCUGGGGGCUCGGGCCCUAGGAUUCACCAACAUCUAUGUGAAGAACCUGCGCGUGGACAUGGAUGAGCAGGGCCUCCAGGACCUCUUCUCCCAGUUUGGAAAGACGCAGAGUGUGAAGGUGAUGAGAGACAGCAAUGGGCAGUCCCGGGGCUUCGGCUUCAUCAACUUUGAGAAGCAUGAGGAAGCCCAGAAGGCUGUGGACCACAUGAAUGGGAAGGAGGUGAGCGGGCAGCUGCUCUAUGUGGGCCGGGCCCAGAAGCGGGCAGAGCGGCAGAACGAGCUGAAGCGCAGAUUUGAACAAAUGAAGCAGGAGAGGCAGAACCGCUACCAGGGUGUGAACCUUUAUGUGAAGAACCUGGAUGACUCCAUUAAUGAUGAUAGGCUGAAGGAAGUUUUUUCUACCUAUGGAGUGAUCACCAGCGCUAAGGUGAUGACAGAAAGUAGCCACAGCAAGGGCUUUGGCUUUGUGUGCUUUUCCUCUCCAGAAGAGGCAACGAAGGCUGUGACAGAGAUGAACGGGCGCAUCGUGGGUACGAAACCACUGUAUGUGGCCCUGGCACAGCGCAAGGAGGAGCGGAAGGCCAUCUUGACCAACCAGUAUAGGAGACGCCUCUCUCGCUCUGUCUUGAGCUCCUUCCAGCAGCCUACCAGCUACCUGCUCCCUGCUGUACACCAGGUGACAGGAUGUCUCCAGCUCCGGCUGAGGGAACAGAACGUCACAGACAGAGGUUCUGUUGAAAUGACCUUGGACAAGCUGCUCCAAUCCCUUAAAGCCUCAUUUGAUCUGUCUUUAGAGGGGCCUACAUGCUUUCUUUCUACAACCCAGACUAUGUACUAUAGUUCUGCCUCCAUAGCCCCAAUGCAACCUGACCCCAGGUGGACAGCCCAGCCUCAUGGACCUUCAUCUACCUGCCCUCCAGCUGCCUCGGUGGUCCAGCCUCUAAGCACGGCACCGCACCCCUGUAUCCACCUCAGCAGUGCCAGCCAGGCCUCCAGCCAGGUGCCUCACACGCAGAGAGUAGUUAACAUUGGUACCCAGACUACAGGACCAGGUGGGGAGGGAUCCUGUAUUCCAGGCCAGCCUCUUUUGGCACAUAGAGGAUCCUCCGCUGUACACAGUGCCCAUGGGGUCCAGGAGUCGACCGUGUAUGUCCCUGGCCAUCAGCCUCUGACUGUGUCCAUGCUGGAUGCUGCACCCCUGCAUGAGCAAAAGCAGAUGAUCGGGGAGCGUCUCUACUCCCUUAUCCACGAUGCCUGCGCCCCACUGACUGGCAAGAUCACGGGCAUGCUGCUGGAGAUGGACAACCUGGAGCUUCUGUUAUUGUUGGAGUCCCCAGAGUCCCUCCACGCCAAGAUAGAAGAGGCCGUGGCAGUACUGAAGGCACAUCGGGCAAUGGAGUCAGCAGACAGUUACAGGAACUGA